CGAUCCGCUAGCAGCCUCGAGUCGAUAUUUUUUUACGUACUUCCUGAUCAACUCCGCCUCGAACCGGAAAAAGCCUGGCGGAACCGCUUUCCUUUUUUAGCAAGUGGGGGGUGGCGGUUCCCAAACGGGCCCUUCACUAUUCACUUUCUUCCAUCAACUGUUGUACAGUGUGGAAUCAAAGCACCGCCAAGAAGAAAAAGCAACAGAGCUCCACCGGCGUAAUAUCUUCGCUUCCUUCCACCGCCGGCCGUUCAGGAUGAGCUUCCUCUUCGGCCAGAGAAAGACUCCCGCAGGCACGUUCGUCCUAAUUGUGUCGUAUCGAUUCCUCUUUGAGCUUCUGCGGGAAAAUAAACGAAUGAUAGAUAAGUCCAUUAGGGAGAUAGAGAGGGAACGACAAGGCCUGCAAGCACAGGAAAAGAAGCUCAUCGUAGAUAUAAAGAAACAUGCCAAACAAGGGCAGAUGGGGGCUGUCAGGGUAAUGGCCAAGGACCUUAUAAGAACAAGACAUCAGAUUGAGAAAUUUUAUAAGCUCAAAUCACAACUUCAGGGGGUUUCCCUGAGAAUUCAGACUUUAAAAUCAACUCAAGCAAUGGGCCAGGCUAUGAAGGGUGUUACCAAGGCAAUGGGACAGAUGAAUAGGCAGAUGAACCUGCCGUCAUUGCAGAAGAUAAUGCAAGAAUUUGAGAGACAAAACGAGCGAAUGGAAUUGGUGAGUGAGGUUAUGGGAGAUGCCAUAGAUGAUGCCAUGGAGGGUGAUGAAGAAGAGGAAGAAACUGAAGAGCUAGUGAAUCAGGUGCUGGAUGAAAUCGGAAUUGACAUGAACUCGGAGCUUCUAAAUGCACCCUCGGGAGCUGUUGCUGCGCCGGCUGCGAAGAACAAAGUUGCUCAAGCUGAAUCGGCAGCAGGAACUGGAGAAGGCGGUAUAGACGAGGACUUGCAGGCAAGGUUGGAUAAUCUAAGAAGAAUGUAAAAUUUGUCAGAGACGAGAGAAUACGUUGUUACAGUGCGAUUAUGAGACAUUAAGAGAGUUGAGAACCUAUAACAUUAUUAUAGAUCGAUGUACUCCAUGGAUAAUUGUGAUUCUUUUGUAUAUGAAAUGUUGUGCCGCUAAUAAAAGAAACACUGCCUCAUGUAUCGGAGCAAGGGGCAAUAUUCGCUUA